UUCUUCUCUCACUUACAAAUUGGACUUUAAUUCGCUGAAGGCCCAAUUACAUGUUACAGUCCAACCCAUACAUAACAAAAUCGAAAAAACCCUAACCCUACCUCACUGAGCUCACUCCCACACCCCAGCUGCAGAAUCCCUCUCGCUCUAGCGAUCUCAAAGAAAUCAAUCAGCCAUGGGUAAGGUCCACGGGUCGCUAGCUCGCGCCGGAAAGGUGAGAGGGCAGACGCCCAAGGUGGCGAAGCAGGACAAGAAGAAGAAGCCCCGCGGCCGCGCUCACAAGCGGAUGCAGUACAACCGCCGUUUUGUCACAGCCGUUGUUGGCUUUGGAAAGAAGAGGGGGCCAAAUUCAUCUGAGAAGUAGAGGGGUGCAGUGAUUAGUUUAUAAUCGAACAAGUUUGAAACCUCGGUUAAUUGGUUUGCUUAUAUGUUGUAGUGUUGCAAGUGACUGUGUUAAGCCUUUGUCCCAUCCUUUAUUGGGAUUCAACUCUUGAAACAUUACUGCUGAAUAUUGAGUAUAAUCUUUUUCGAUUGCUUUUGAGAUGUGAGUAAUGAAAUUUAAAGUUUUCAUACCA